AGAUGAGAAUACUCCCGUAACCAAACAACCCCUCCGUAAAUGGCAAACCAAGCACGCCUGUAGAACCUUCCAGAACCACCAGAACCCUCUGGUCUCCAAGUCUAACUCCCCAUAAAUCAUCGCCCUUUAUAUAUUCCUUCCUUGUCCCUGCUCUUCUUGGUUAAACUUCUCUUCACCAACGAAGCCUGUCCGCACCAAAACAAGCUAGAAGGUUGUUCUAGACUCUUCUUAUUGGGCUCUUCAUGGCCGACGAAGCCAAAGCCAAAGGGAACGCGGCCUUUUCGGCCGGAGACUUCUCCACCGCUGUGCGCCACUUCACCGAAGCCAUCGACCUCUCGCCGACCAACCACGUCCUCUACUCCAAUCGAUCCGCCGCUUAUGCCUCUCUCCACAAGUACGCUGAGGCGCUGGUCGAUGCCAAGAAGACUGUAGAGCUCAAGCGCGACUGGUCCAAGGGCUAUAGCCGUCUUGGAGCCGCUCACCUUGGAUUGAACCAGCACCAGGACGCGAUUGCGGCUUACCGGAAGGGUCUCGAGAUCGAUCCUAACAAUGAGGCCCUCAAAUCCGGACUGGCUGACGCACAAGCUGCCGCUGCCGCCGCAACCUCCAGGUCGCGAGCCGCUCCGCCUCCAUCUCCAUUUGGGGACGCCUUCCAAGGGGCCGAGAUGUGGGCGAAACUGACUGCUGAUCCCACCACCAGGGGUUACCUACAGCAGCCCGAUUUCGUCAAGAUGAUGCAGGAAAUACAGAAAAACCCUAACAAUUUGAACUUAUACUUGAAGGAUCAGAGAGUGAUGCAGGCACUGGGUGUUCUGUUGAAUAUUAAGUUCAGGGCGCCAACAGGCGACGAUAUGGAGGUGCCGGAGGAAGGAUCUCCGCCGCCACCUAUGCAGAGGGCUUCUGAGUCGGAAGCGAAGAAACCUGAGCCAGAGCCGGAAUCAAUGGAACUGACCGAGGAGAAGGACGCGAAGGAGAGGAAGGAAAUGGCAAAGAAGGAGAAGGAGGCGGGAAAUGCAGCUUACAAGAAAAAGGACUUCGAGACUGCAAUCGAGCAUUAUACGAAGGCUCUGGAGCUCGACGACGAGGACAUUUCUUAUCUUACAAAUCGUGCUGCUGUCUAUCUGGAGAUGGGCAAGUAUGAGGAAUGUAUUAAAGAUUGUGACAAGGCUGUUGAAAGGGGUAGAGAACUCAGAUCAGACUUCAAGAUGAUAGCAAGAGCUUUGACUAGGAAGGGGACUGCUCUGGCAAAAUUGGCCAAAUGUUCGAAGGACUAUGAACCUGCUAUUGAGACUUUCCAGAAAGCUCUUACAGAGCAUCGAAAUCCUGACACAUUGAAGAAAUUGAAUGAUGCAGAGAAAGCAAAGAAAGAACUAGAGCAACAGGAGUAUUUUGACCCAAGGAUAGCUGAUGAAGAGCGUGAGAAAGGUAAUGAGUGCUUUAAGCAGCAGAAAUAUCCUGAGGCUGUGAAGCAUUACACUGAAUCAUUAAGAAGGAACCCAAAAGACCCAAAGGCUUACAGCAACAGAGCUGCAUGCUACACAAAACUGGGAGCUUUACCUGAAGGAUUGAAGGAUGCAGAGAAGUGUAUUGAGCUAGAUCCAACCUUUGCCAAGGGAUAUAAUCGAAAAGGUGCCAUCCAGUUUUUCAUGAAGGAAUAUGAUAAAGCCUUGGAAACAUACCAGGAAGGGCUGAAACACGAUGCUCAGAAUCAGGAGCUACUUGAUGGUGUGAGGAGAUGUGUGGAACAAAUUAACAAAGCAAGUCGGGGUGAUAUAAGCCCUGAGGAGUUGAAGGAGAGACAGGCCAAGGGCAUGCAAUAUCCAGAAAUUCAUAAUAUCCUUUCUGAUCCUGUUAUGAUACAGGUUUGUUAGGGUUUAGGUUAGAAGUUAUCUUCUUCUUUUCAGGGAAAUGUUGUCAGUAAAUUGGAAUGUGGAUGUGUGCAGGUGCUAAUUGACUUCCAGGAGAAUCCUAAGGCAGCCCAGGAACACAUGAAGAACCCCAUGGUGAUGAGCAAGAUUCAGAAGCUGGUCACUGCAGGAAUUGUUCAGAUCAGAUAAGAAUAAACAAAUCGUUGAAGAGAAGGCUUCGUUUUCAGUAAAUUAAACUUUGCAGUGUGAAUUUGAAUGACAAACUGGUUUUAGUUGGAAAAUUUUGAAGGUUCAAAUUCCCUUCUGUACUUGAUGCGAACUCAGUUUGUUUUAAAAAAAUUCUACUACUUCAUCACUCGAUCGACAGGAAAACAAUGUGGGUGCAAAAAAGUGUCUGUCA